AGAAGAGAGAGCGACGGACCCCUGGAGGAAAGGAGGGCACUGGAGGAAAAACUCCCACAUAACCUAUCAAAUAUUCCACCCCAUUUUUCUCAACCUGUUCAUCUCCAGAAUGGAUGGAAGGCUAGUUCUUACCAUCCUGGUCCUGUGUGUCAAGAAUGUUGUAACCUUUGAAAACACGACAUCCACCUCCCAACCUCUCACACCAUCCAACUCCACUCCUGCUACCCCCGGUCCCACCACUUCCUGUGUGUGUAAUAUCUCCACUUCCUGUUCUCCUCCGACCAAGCCCAAGUCUCCGCCACCUGCGCUGGGUGUUGUCAAGAUCAACUGGCAAGCAAAGUCCUGUAAGGGGGACAUACACCUGUGUCUCCUCUUGGGUGGAGACACCUGUCUCUCCACCCAUUCCUUACCACUCUGCUUUAAAAGUUGGGCCAAUCUUAGCCUUGAACUGGCAGAAUCGUGUGAGAGGAAGGGCUGCGGGGGCUCCGCAAAGUGGACUGAGACCCUUGCUAGCUCUGAGGGUUACCAGAUCGAUGGGGAUGGAAGGGUUACCAAUAACUCCUGUACAACACUGAGGAUCCAAUGCGAAGUCGUCCCAGAUCAGUUAGUGGGCUAUAAGGUGGUGACUGGACUGCUGUGUGUUCUGGUGCUGGUGGUGCUGAUGGUGCGUUUCGGGCAGCCCUCCCUCAAGGCCCUCCGUAAGAGAUUGUCAGACAAGAGACAGAGUCGGUGGAUCGGACCUACGCAGAGCCAAAGUGUCUCCUACCAUAGAGGGAAGGCUGGACUCCAACUUAACGACAACACAGACAAGAGACACUCCUACCCUGGAUUGGAGAGGCUGACGGUGAACACUAGCCGAGAGCCGUCGUCUAACAGAAACAGUGAUUAUGACUCUUAUAACUUGUGAUCAUCAUCAUCAUCAUCAGUCAUAUUCUCCAUCCUCUAUGACAAAAUACUGUACAUGUAUUUUUUUAAUGCUUAAAUGUAAUAUUUUUUUAUGCUAAAUGUAAUAUUUUUUAUGCUAAAUGUAAUAUUUUUUAUGCUAAAUGUAAUGUUUUUUUAUGCUUAAAUGUAAUAUUUUUUAUGCUAAAUGUAAUAUUUUUUAUGCUAAAUGUAAUAUUUUUUUAUGCUAAAUGUAAUAUUUUUUAUGCUAAAUGUAAAUGUUUUUUUAUGCUAAAUGUAAUAUUUUUUUAUGCUAAAUGUAAUAUUUUUUAUGCUAAAUGUAAUAUUUUUUAUGCUAAAUGUAAUGUUUUUUUAUGCUUAAAUGUAAUAUUUUUUAUGCUAAAUGUAAUAUUAUUUUAUGCACAUAAUAUCAUUUUUUGUUGUUGUUUCUGUGUGUAAUUCAAUCAUUCACUUCUUUUAUUGAAUAAAAAGUCAAGUUUGU